UAGGGCGUAAACCCUAAAAGUCUAACAGAAAAUCAACAGUGACAAUCAAUAUCAAUUAUUGAUGUCUUUUAUUCAUUUGGUUGACCUGCUUUACUCCGGAAGCUACAACCUGAUCAAAACAAGUUCCUGUCAUCAAGAUAAUCGAGCUGUCUACCUGGAUGCCACUAAUCAUUCAUCUGUGUUUGUCACCACCAAUUUUUUACGUGCUCCUGUUACACAGCUUCGAAUACCAACCAGCUGCGUGAGCGGAAGUCCACAUGUUACAUCUGUAGGUUUUACAGGGAACAGUUUGGUUUUCACAGCUGACGGUGAUGUCUUUGUGUUUGACUGGAACACCAAUUUUUACAAUUCGUCCGGGUUAACGUCUGCCGUGGAUACGAUCACGACGAGACAAUGCUGCAACGGUCAAGACUGGUGCAAGAUCAUUGGCGGAAUAGUCGUCGCUUACAACAGUGAUGGUGCUCCGCACGUGUUCAUAUCUGUCGAUGGGGGAUUGUCGUUUGAGCGGAGCGACGUCGAUGUUAAUGCUGUUCGUGGCGCGCAAGUGUUCAGCUCAAUUAAUGCAAUCGCUGUUCUGACACAGGACGUCGACGAGGAUAUGGCAUUUCUCCAGGUUGCUUACAAAGGCAGAGCUGUCGUCGCUAGAGGCCUCAGCUUCUCACGCGCGAGUGAUAGGAGGCCUAUCGUGACUGCCUUGGAAUCCAACUUUGGCAGCAUUUUGUCCAGUGAUGGCACAAGUCUACUGUAUUCACCAAAUGGAGGAAAGACGGUCUCUCAUGUCGCGAUUCAGGGACUGGUUGAGAACAGCACUGCUAGUUUCAAACAGAUAUUGAGUAACCGGUUUGGCGAAUUCGUUGCAGUCACAGAAGCAGGUGAUAUGAUUUAUGGAAGGGAAGGCCUGACAACUUUAGCAGCAAAACUGACGCAUAACCUCUCUCCUACAGCAGUCAUCGCCUUCCCUGACAAGGAAGGAUAUCUGUACAUUCUCGAACCGCAGACAAUCGGUGAUGGAACCGUGUCCUUCCGCACGAUGCAAUUAUCACUCGUGCAUAGCAUCGGCGACGUUAACGAUGCGUCAUGCACCAGCCAGGCGAUGCUGACCGACGCGAAAGACGAGUACAACCUGGACAGAGAAGAGAGCAUUCUGAUCGCGACCAGCGUCGUUUCCAGCGCGUGGGAGAGCGUCAACCUCGCGAUGUCUAUCUCGCACCCGGCGUUGCUCGCCGUCACCUCCACGCCAGUGACGACAAGCGACGAAGCGCCGGAGAUCACCGUCGGACUUCUCACCGCGAACCUCGUCGAGAAGGUGGAGUCCGCCGCCGCCACCGGCGACACGUACGGUGUCAGCCACGUCCGCUUCAACACGGUGCCGAACAGCUUGCGGUGCAGCCACAGCACGCAGCGCGUGUCGCACGUCACCGUCGGCUGUCCCCCGCUGAAGCACGUCCGUGUACGAAACGCGGCGCGCAAGUGUGGCUCGUUGGAGACGGGGUACCGGUACGAGAUCGCGCCGCAUCGCUACGACCCGAGCUUCCGCCAGGGCGCCGUCACGCCGAACGAGUCGCUGCUUGUUGAUUACGCGUUCGAUACGCUAGGCUGCCCCGUGAUGUCGCACUACAAGGACGUCUUCCAGCCGGAGAUCGACGUCUACGUUGGUGACAAGUUCGUCGGUCCGAUGCUUGACGAGUUUGUCAUGUACGAGGUGCACGGAAUGUACGACUACAGGUACAACACGACCGUGACACAAGCGGGAUGUCUGCGCGCCUCUCAGACCUGGCUCGACGUGCUGCAGACGGAGGUAGACCCGGGUGUCGCGUGGACGAGGCGCACACACAGGAGCUGCUUCUACGCCGAGACCGGCUCCCUGCCACAGCCCGACACCAAAUACGAGGUACUAGGUGGCGCCACUGCACACGCGAGCCGCAAUGGCAUCUUCUGGCCGAAAGAGAACGGGAUCUACGUGUUCGAGGCAAUCGGAAUCGACGAGAGGUACACCUUCUGUAAUUACAGAGUGCGGUUUGCUGUGCAGGUGUACGGUAUGUCGCACCAGGCGGUCGUCCCGGAUUUCACGGUGUCCCUGUCUUUCAUGCUUGUGAGUACGGUGUGCAUAAUCGUGUCGUAUUUCAUUAUUCUGCACAACAGACAGACGGCAGCGAAAAAGCAAGAGGAAAUCAAAGCGAUGUACCAAAAUCAUGAAUUGGACGAUCUCAGUUUAGAUUAUACGACGGUCGCUGGCUCAUUUUAACUGCUAAAAAUGUUUUCAGGAUGUUAGAUUAAUUAUUAAAUUAAUUUAUUUUAAAUUGAUUGUACAUAACAUGCAUAAACGUGUUUCUUAAUAUUUCCACUUUGUUGUACGUCUAAUAGACUUAUUCUUGACAAUAAUAUUCUUACCUAAAUUUGGUUUAAACUCAAGCAAUUUAAUAAAAAAAAGUUGUAAGCUUAAUUAUUUUUAUUCAACAAAUUAAUAAUACAAGUGAUUAUACAUAAUACCAAGAGUCUAUGGAAUACAGGUUUAUGAUAACACAUAUACUAUAGAUGAGUGUGCCACAGCAUUUUUUACUCCAAUUAGGCAACAAGCAAUGCACUAAUUUCAGGUCAGUGCAAAUGGAUUAUCAGUAAUGUCAACAGCAUGCAUUUUUGGCCAGUUAUAGAUACAGUUACUUUUAUAAUAAUGAACAAUUUAGAGGAAAAUUGUAGAUUUCUUAAGUGCAUUUAUCGACUGCAGAAUAUAUACACUAUAACAGGGCUGCCAACUCUCACGCAUUGACCGUGAGACUCACGCAUUUUGAUCAAAUCUCAC